CAUGUUUCGAUUCUAGCGUAUUUGUUUAAAAGGCUAGCUUUUUAAUAAUAAUAAAGUUGACCACUCAAUGAAGGACAUUGAAUACUAUGUACCUUUUUUUUAUGUAUAUAUAUGCGUGUAUGUGUGUGUGUAUGUAUAUAUAUAUGUCAACCUUAACUUUACUCCUUGAAACAAUCUUUCUUCAUCCGUACCACGUGACCUAUAUAUUUUCUUUCUGUCUCUCAUCAGUUUUAAGGCACGCAGCAUGAUUUUUUUCUUUCCCUUUUUUCUUCAUUUUUUUUUAUGUUUAUCCUUUUCAAAGCCAAAAACAAAGUUCACUUAAGCUGAAAAGCAUAUACC